GCUGCCGAGAACGGGCACGAGGCUAUUGUCAAGCUACUGCUUGCGACUGGCCAGGUCGAGGCCGACUCGAAGGAUAGCUGGGGCGGGACCCCGCUCUCGGAGGCUGCCUGUAACGGACACGAAGCUAUUGUAAAGUUGCUACUCGAGACCGGCCAAGCUAAGGCUGACUCAAAGAAUAAGUGGGGCGAGACGCUGCUCUUUUGUGCUAUUGAAAACGGGCACGAGGCCGUUGUCAAGCUAUUGCUAGCGACCGGCGAAGUUAAGGCUAACUUGAAGGAUAAUCAAUACAGGCAGAGGCUACUCUCGUGGGCUGCUUAUAACGGGCACGAGGCUGUCAUCAAGCCACUGCUCGCGACCUGCCAGGUUAAGGUCGACUCAAAGGAUAAAUGGGGCGGGAUGCGAUUGUUGAAAUUGGUACGCUACCAUAGCUAG